AUGGUAAAUUUUCUGCUGCUAACUUUGGCAUUUGGUCUGGCUCAUGCUGAGGUAAAUUCAUUUGGAAAGUGGGAUACCAUUGCCGUUGCUGCUGACAAUGUGGCCAAGAUAGAGGAAGGAGGACCUCUGAGACUCUAUGCUCGUGAACUUACUUGUAGUGAGGAAUGUAACAAAUUGGAAGUCACAUUUUACGUCAAUGCGAAUGGCCAAUGUUCAGAGACAAAAAUCACUGGUUAUAGGCAAGAAGAUGGCACGUACAGAACCCAGUAUGAAGGUGAUGGUAGAUUUAAACCUGUGCAUGGAAUAUCAGACAACAUAGUCUUUAUCUGUCAGAAUGUGGAUAGAGCUGGCCAGACAACAAACCUGAUUUAUGUUAUUGGAAAAGGUCAACCUUUGACUCCUGAACAAUAUGAAAAACUUGAGGAAUUUGCCAAGGAACAGAACAUGCCAACAGAAAACAUCCGAAAUGUUCUGGCUACAGGUCCCGAGCAGCUCGCAGCAGGUCCUGAUGCCAGGGAAUCCCUGGAAGGCGCAGUUUCCCAGCGGCGAGCGACUGGACAGGCGAGCAGGCUGCUUGAGAACCCAAUAUCAACCAGAGUCAUCUUCCAAAAUCUCCACCCUAUUUUUCUAAGGAACCCGCCCUAUGAUAUGACAGAUGACCCCAUUAAGAAAUUCUUGAGACGAUGA